AUGUCUACCUGGGCCGAUAAACUAAAGAAAAAUAUUGCUCUCCCUCAAGAUCCAGCAUGCAAGCCCGAUCACGAGCCCACGAUGAUUUCACCUGGGGAGGAGACGAAGAGAACCCCUGUUGAGGCCCCUGCCGAGCCCGUCGUAGCCGAUCCUUCGCCCGUGGCGACGUCGAUGGACGCCGCCGCGCGGGAGCUGCAGCCAAAGCUGUCGUUCGUCGAUCUCGGCCCCGUCGCCCUCCCGGUAGAGCUCGCGAGUUUCAUCUCGGAGGAGUUCACCUUUGGCGAGAUGCCCGUGAGGCCGCCCUCGGAGGAAAUCGCGGCGCCUCCCGAGCCCACCGUCGAGCCUCAGGGGCCUUCCAAACCUGACGAUGCCGCCACCACCCCUUCCGUUCCUUCUCACCCUCCUGCGAAUGAAACAAUUCGACGACCCCCGUCGCGACGUCAACCUCAACGAGGACGUUAUACAAACCCCAAUGCGAACCCCUAUGGUAGGGGUCGAUACGCGUCGCAGAGGAACCCCUAUUAUAUCAAUAAUGGGUUUGGCGAGGCGUUGAUUCAAUACAACCUACGCCAUCAGAGCUCACCACAUCCCCCUCAUCAUUACGAUCCGGAUCAUUCUCUCGGUGGGGUGGAUCCUUCACGGACGCCGCCGAUGUAUCAUCCGAAUGACGUCGGUUCGUUACCGCAUCCGCAUUUACUCGACAGCAACGCGGUUGCGUACCGCCCGUCGUAUAUGUUCCAUUCCGGACUUUAUUAUAGUGGUCAGUUGCAGCCAUGGCCUCCUUAUUAUCCACCCCCCACAGUGGAGUAG